AUUGAGCCGUAUCUGUCGAUGCCCGGUGGAGGUAUCUAGCUAAAGUGACAUGUGGAUUCUCGCCCUGUAAAUGUGUACGCUGGCGAGUAGUCAUAGGGCGUAAGGGGAUGCUAUACUGCCUACUGAGAAUUGGGGAAGUUACAAGCACGUGAGCGGCGUUGGAGCGGCUAUUGCGGCGAUAGUCAAGCUAUGGUGGAGUUAACUGGUAAUCUCCGCAUCGCCGCUCUUUGCUAGUGUGCGGCUGCGGCGGCGGAGAUGUGCGGGAAUCUCACCUUCUCACCACCUUACGUUCCUUCUCAGCGGACAAAGCCAGUCAAAAUACAGUCAGCGAUGGGUCUACUUCCUUUAAGUCCGACCGUGUCGGGGAUAUGCCUUCCGAGAUCUGAAAUUGAAUGCAGCCUGACUUGGGGGCGAAUUGAUGGAAGUAAAAGGAUCGACGCUGAAGCUCCAAUGUAUAAAUAGACGCUCGUCCUCGCUUCAUCUCAAGCAUCCAUUCACAAGCUCAAGCACUUCAACUCACUCAAACACAACUCUCUCAUCAUUAUACUUCUCAAACCAACUCAACGUCCUAGUUGCCAAAAGCAGAAAAUGGCCAAGUACGCGAAAGACCAGCCCGCCGGCUUCAAGAACUCCAUCGAGCGAGUCGCCAUUGUCGGCGCCGGAGGUACUGUCGGAUUGAACAUUGUCACCGAACUCCUCAAAACCGGCAAACACACCGUCACAGCCCUUACUCGGGCCGACAGCACCAACAUAAUUCCCGAAGGCGUCCAAAUCGCCCACAUUAACUACGAUGACGAGGCCACCAUCGUUUCCGCCUUAAAGGGCCAGCAAUUCCUCAUCAUCACCAUGGCUCCCACAGCUCCCCGGGACACUCACAGCAAGAUCGUCCAAGCAGCCGCCAAGGCCGGUAUCCCCUACGUCAUGCCAAACGGGUACGGCGGGGACAUCGAAAAGGUCAAGUUGGGCGAGGAGACGUUCCUAGGCCCUGUCAAUCGAGCCCACCGGGACGAAAUUGCCCGGCUCGGUAUGCAGUGGAUCACAGUGUGCUGUGGAUUCUGGUACGACUAUAGCCUGGCAGGCGGCGAGUCACGCUUCGGGUUCGACUUCGACAAGCGGUCUUUGACCAUCUAUGAUGAUGGCACCACGAAGAACUCGACGUCCACGUUGGCGCAGAUUGGACGGGCCGUGGCGAAGGUGCUCAGUCUGAAGGAGCUUCCCGAGGAUGAAAGUGAUAAGAGUCUUACUCUGUCGUCGUUCUUGAACAAGGGAAUUUAUUUUCAAAGCUUCUUUGUGAACCAGAAGGAGAUGUUUGAGAGCGUGAAGCGUGUUACUGGUACUACGGACGCCGACUGGACGAUUACUCAUGAGAGUACUAAGAAGCGGUAUGAGGAAGGGUUAGCACUGGUCAAGGGUGGUAACAUGGCUGGAUUUGCUAAGAUGCUGUACGCAAGAGGGUUUUACCCGGAGGAUACAAGCGAUCACGCGUCUAAGGCGCAGAACGAGCUACUUGGGUUGCCAGAGGAGAGCUUGGACGAGGGCACUAAGGCUGCCAUUGACUUGGUCAAGAAGCUGCAGGCUCGCCCUGAGCGUAUGGCGUCCUAGAGGAAG